CGUAGUGCAAUAGGUGAGUCAAUUAUGUCAGAUAAACAUCUAAAAAUAGAACACGGAAGUUGACGAAAACGAUUAAUGGAGUACACCUGUACAAGCUGAAAGCAUUAAGUAAACAUAAUCUGUGAGACAUUGACAUGAGAGGUUAAAGCAGAAAAGAUAUGGAAGUCUCCAGUAUAAUAGUAAUAUUCAGUAUGCUGCUUGGACACACAGUGGGGAUAAGUAAAAAAGUUUAUUAUAUGGACUCUGCCCUUGACUGUGGUUACAUUGGUUCACAGACUAUAGAAAGUGGCCAGUCUGUAACUGUCAAUGCUAAGGAGAAAGAUACAUCAUCAUCCUCUCAAACGACAGGUAUCCACGAUCCAGCUGCAGUAGGACUUGUGAUAGGUAUUAUUGGAUCUAUUUUUGGAGUCAAAUUUAUUGCACCGUGUGUUGGUAUCUGUUGCUUUCGAAAAUACCGAGCUAGGCUUUGGCCAUUUGCUUUUGAACACAAGAAAAAAUGAAAACUUUGUUUCAGGAUGUUUUCGAGUUUGCCUUUUAUCAUCAAAUGUUAAUCGUAUGAUACAAAAUUAUAGUAACUAUACUUCCUAGUAAUUUCUUCACUUUUGACAAAAUAUAGUUUGUUAGCAAUAUUUCACUACAAAAUUAAAGUUUAUAUGAAUACAUGUACUAGAUUACAAAAUGUAAUAUUCAUUGUGACUCUAAAAAUUACUUGUACCUUUAAAUUGUUGUUUAAUAACAUAUUCAACGAGAUUAUGUAUAGUAUGUGUUUUUGGUAUUGCAAAGUCUGUUUCAAGCUUUCAAUUGUUAAUUGUUUGAUAGAACAUUAUAUACGCUGUACAUCCUAUUAAGAUCUUCACCUUUGUCUUUUUUGUUUUGUUCCCAAAAGUUUUAUUUCAUUACGAAAUUAAGGUUUAAAUAAUUACUAGAUUACAUAAAGUAAUGUUCUCUGUAACCCGAAAAACUUUGACUUACAGCAUACAUUACUAGGUCAUGUAUCGUAUGUUUUUACCGUGGCUCAUUCUGCUUUUUCAUGCAGUUUCUUUUUAUUAUCAAACGUUUAUGAUAUGAUCUAACAUUAUAAUAGGAGCAAUACUUUCUAUUCAGUAUUUUAACUUCACAACUAAUACUUAAACACCGUACAUUCUAGGCUUUAUAUCGUCUUUUUUCUUUCUCUCGGAAAUUGUUACACUCAUUUCAUUAAUCCUAUGAUCGUAGGAAGAAUCAGUAAAAACUAUUACACAGCUUUAGAGUUAACAGUGAUAAAUAAUCAUCAUGGACUUGUCCAUCUAUGAUUUUAGAUUAUACCAAUUAAAUGUUAAUAGCGUUGUUCCCUAACUACUUACUGAGUGAAUAGCGAACAGAAAAGAUCCUGGUCUGCAUUGGUCGCAAUUAAGGCCAUAAGAGUUUGCCGUCAGUUUAAUUCACGAUUCGUGUUUUGUGUAAAACAUUAUUUGAGUGGUGCUGUGUAAUAUAUGUAAUUGCUGUUUUAAAUGUUUAUUUACAGACACUGUUUCUUGUGCGUAAAUAUUUCUCUUGUGUACAUAGAUAUACGUUCAGGAUUAUGUUUCUUGUAUUAGCAAGUGUUAAAUCGUGAAGCUGAUUAUAUUAGACAGUCCGCUUUGUGUAGGCUUAACGGAGGAACUAACUUAUUUUAUAGCUUUUAUAAAAUCUAAGCUAUCAUAUUUUUUUUUCAUUUUUUACGUGCUAGAAUACAGCUGCAAGAUAAUUGUAGUAUUCUAAUUUCAAGCACAAAUUUAUGUAUUAGAUGUGUAAUAUGUAAUGUUUUUCUGAAUAUUUUAGAUGACGUAUUCAUAUUCUUGAAUAAUACUUUUGACAAUUCUAAAAUAAAGUAUUAUAUACAUUUUCAACUG